AUGGAACUUGAAGGGCGUUCCACAAUUGAUGAAGUACUUUCAAAAUAUAACGAAGAAAACUCAAUUGGGAGCCUCUACAACAAGAUUAAAACACAAUUUCAGAAUCAAAUUAAUGUAAAAUUAUGCAAAUUUAUUCAAAACAGAAGAACAUUAUCAGACGUGAAUUAUAUGAUCCAAACAGACAUAAGUUAUUUAACUCUUGAUGAUAUAAAGUUCUUAUUGAAAACAUAUGAAAUUCAAAAAGAUGAAAUAUCAUCACAAGUCGAUGACCUAUUGUGUUACAUUUCGAUCCAAUCUCCAGAUGACUUCGCUCAAAUCGUAUAUUCCACUUUAUCAAAUAGGCAACUUUUUACAGAGGAUGAAAGAAACUACUUUUGCAUGUGCACAAUCCCUUCAAUCUUCAAAUAUUACAUCACAGAGGAAUCUCAGCAGCUAUUUGCUCGUUUUGUUUGCUCACUUUUCAAAAUCCACACUUAUAUUCAUGGAUAUAGGUUUGCAUUCAAUGUACAGUUCAUAUCUAAGAUAAUCUUAUCAUAUGCACUUACAUUUGGAACAGCAAAAAUUGUAAAUUCUGUUUUCGACUAUUCUUACCUUCCUCUUGCGAAGAGUUUGAUGACUUCUAGAGGCAAAUACACUAAAUCAGAGAAAGGACUCUUCUGUCCAUUGUAUCAAGAUUAUAUUGAAACUCUUGCGAAUAAUUUUCUUUCCAGAGUUUGGUAUUGCAUGCCAUUAUUCUCUCAACCGCUUCGUAUCUUAGCAUCAAACAUUGUCGAGAUGGAUCAACAGAAUAUUCUUUCUCUGUUCGUCUUAUUUGAGAAUUUUAUUUGCCAAAGUUUAUUGGUUCCAAAUGAGAAAGACAGCAAAGAUUUAAUAGCUGUUAAGAAGGAUCUUGUCCAAUACUUCCAAUUACAGUAUAAAUGUGAAGCUAAUGACCCAAUAAACAUGGUUAUGUUGUCAAUUAUCAGAAAAAUCGCUUCCCUCCUUGAAGUUACAGAUGCGACACAAUUCAACAACGGAAUAUUGCACUUCCCAAUUCAUACUUACUUUACAUAUCGUGAUUUGAACAUUUUAUACAAAAUUUUGAAAGAAUUUUCUCAAAUGACAGAUGAGAUCAUAGACAGUUCGAUUCACAACUAUAUAAGAAAGUAUGAGAGUAAGGGAUUAGCAGAAAAUACCAAAUACAAUGUUUAUGUCAAGGUUAAUAUUCACUCGAACAGCCAAUUGGCGCAAGAACUCUCACAGUCUGUGACACCCCUCAAGAACACCGAAACUCUUGAUUCGGCCAUCGCGACAUUAAACGUGAAUUCUUUAUCAUUUGAACAAAAAAUGAAUCCAACCGACGUAAUGAUCAAUUUAUUAGCUCACCAAGUACCUGAAUUACGCUACCACAUGCAUCAGGGAGAGAUUUCUUUUACAAAAAUUGCAAAUUUUGCGGAAAACAACAGAAUUUACUUCCAAUACAUUGUUUCUCUCUUCAGUGCUACUCUUGAAUACCUUACUGAAAGAGAAGAAGCUAUUGAAAACUACAUUUCUUCAAUUAAAAACGUUUUAAUUGAAAAUUCUUUUACACCAGUCAUUACAAAGAUCAUAUUUGAGAAUGACUACAUCAAAUACAUGCCAGAGUUCGACAAAUUCUUCCUUGCUAUUGAACAAUUUUGCAUCAAUAAUGAAUUGAAAGAGCACUGCAAUGUAUUUGAGCGCGUUGGAUUUCUCAUAUUCUAUGAUCUCCUUGCUCAUAGAUUUUACAUCCCAAUUGAAGACCUUCGCUGUUAUUCUUACGAUAAAUUUGCAAAUUCAUUUGCAUCAGCACUUCAGAAGGUUGAUAAGAGAUCUCAGUUAGGAUUUAGAAUCCAGAGAUGUAUCGAAAUCCUUUCAGUUCUCGCGUUCACAACAGAUAUCAAAAUUAUCUACACAGGAAUCAUUGAAGCGUUCAAGUAUUUAGAUUCAAGAGAUGUAAACUUAGGAUCUUAUAUCAUCGUUGAAUCAAAAGCGCUGAAUCUCAUUGAUUAUGAAAAAUUUUUCAAUACAUAUGUUCUCAAUAAGCAGAGAUACAUCAACACUUUCGGACGUGAAGAGAAUGGAUACCUCGGAAUGUUUAUUAACUGCGUAAAUAACAUCAAGAAGGUUAAAUUAUAA